UAGAGAGAGGUUCAACUCCGGAUCAAACUAGCAAGGAAAAAAAAAAUCGAAUUUUACCAUUGGAUCCAUACCACUAACCAGGAGCUGGAUUAAAUUGAGACAACUUUUUUAUAUUUUUUAUAUAUAUAUAUAAUUCUCUUUGGAAAAACACCGAAUAACGAUGGGUUCCCAAGCGUCCAAGGGAGGGGUAGCUGUGGAGGCGAAUGCUGCCGAUGCCGCCACCGUUAAAACAAAUGGACAGGAGAAUGGCCAUGUCAAGUCCAAUGGUGACACCACAGACACGGCCACUCCAAAUGGUUCUGCCGACGCCAUAGAGCCUGAAGCGGGUGCUGGAGGGGACGCCAUCGAGCCAGCGCCCGCCGCCGACGGUGAGGUCGCCAAACCAGAAGGUGAGGCCGCUGCCAAGGAGACCUCCAAGAAGAAGAAGAAUUUCUUUCUGAAGAAAUCAUUCAACUUCAAACUGAAACUGAAGAAGACCAAGAAGGAGGAGGCCGCUUCCGCUGAGGAGAAACCAGCAGAGAACGGAGCCGCUGUGGCUACGGAGGAGAAGAAAGCAGAGGAGGGGAAGGAGGAGGUUGUGGCGGCGGCUGCUGCAGAAGCCCCUAAGGCCGAGGAGGUGCAGGCUAAAGCAGAGGAGGCACCUAAGGAGGAGGAGGUAAAGGAGGCUGCUGCACCUGCCCCAGAGCCCACCAAACCAACAGAGGAGACCAGCUCGACCCCCGAGGCAGCAGCCCCCUCCCAACAGAACACCGAGUGAUUGUACCUUUACCCACAACAAAGGACUGUGUGAACUGUUUUUCAAGAGAGAGAGAGAGAGGGAGAGAGAGAAAAUAGUUAUAAAUAUAUAUUUCUAUAUAUGUGUAUAUGUAUACAUAUGUAUGGAUAUAUAUAUAUGUAUAUGUAAAUAUAUACACGUUUAUGUGAGACUCCAUUGUGUCACUUUUGUCAUUGUAACAAGAUGACAGACUAGAUUCACUAGUUCACUUCCCUGGUUACGGCGAGACAGGGUCAACCUGUUUAGUAUUAUGUGCUGGUUGCUAUGGAACAAUGGGAUUUAUUGGACAACAAAGUGGAAGACACAGUUAUGGAUUGGGAGUCGAGUUGACCCGUCUUUUCCCCAAAACACCCGACUCAAAAAAAGAUGUGUUCGCGUGUAGUAAUGAACUGGACAGGACACCAACCCGACCACCACAUGAAAUGACUAUUAAUAC